CACAUGCAGAUCCACCCACCACUCCUCAUCUAAUAAUUGUGGUAUUGUGGCUUCUGAAAAUUGCUACCUGCGAAAUCCACAGUGUUUGAAUGCCAAAGGACAAAUUUAAAUGUAUAUUUUACACAGUCAAUGAGUACAAAAAUAGCAAAUGUUAGAAAUCUAAUGAAAACCAACACCUUGAAGGAUGAGGGCAAAGGUUUUUGGGAACACAGUCUUUAAGUCUCCUUCUAAGUCACUCACUAUUCCACCUUGGAACUACCUUGUUGUUCCUUUGUUCAAUGUCACUGGAUUCAAAUCCUUGAACCCCUUCCCUAACAGCACUGUGGGUGUACUCUGGGAAUUAAUUAGAAAUCACUAAAUCAGCAGGAAUUUCUACUUUUAUAUUCUAUUCUCAUUAUAGUGAACCUUGAAAAUGUUUCACAUUGUUGACAGAAGUGUAUCUAAAUUUUCAACUUUAUAUUAAGUUCAUAAUUAAUGCUAAGCUCCCUCACUGGCCUUUAAUUAGUUCAACAUUACAUUUCUCCAUUAGAAUGAGAAAUGUCACACACUAAAACGAUACACUUUUGGAAGUGAGUGAUUUUUACCUUCUUCCUUAUUCAUCUGCAUUAGUCAUUAUUUUGCUACCUGUAAAUUUCCAUAUUAGAAGUGAAGAGUUUCAGUUUGUAUUUCCCGAUUUGCUGACUAUGACGAUAUUUCAAAGUAAUUGGCUGUUGCCAUGGUUUCUGGCAUCACUGCCAGCACAUGUUUCAUGAUUCUAUUGACAGUUCCAGAUUCAAACUGAUAUUGGAAAAGGGGAAAUACAUGUCACAGAUUGAUUUUUUUUUUUAACCUGUACAACAAUACCCAAAACAAAAAUUGUGUCAAACAUGCCUGAAAAAAUGAAUUCACAAUGCAUGUGAGCAUUGAUGCAUAAUUGAAUGGAAAGUUCCUGAAACUUGCAGUUUAUGAAUAUCUCUUAGUCCCUAGAUGGCACCUGAUAUACCAUGCAGCGUAUUAAUUGGAACCAAAAAAAUGGAGGCUAGGGAACUCAGGGGAAAUAAAUAUUGGUGCCUUGUAAACAGUCCACAUUACAGAAGAGGAAGUGCUGGAGAUCUUAAAAAAACAUGAAGGUGGAUAAAUCUCCAGUACCCGAUCAAGUCUAUUCUAGGAGAUGGUGGGAGGUUAGGGAAGAAAUUACGGGGCCCCCAGCAGACAUAUUUGCAUCAUCUACAGGCACAGAUGAGGUGCUGCAGGACUGGAGGGUGACUAAUGUUGUGCCUUUAUUUAAGAAAGGCUGUGAGGACAAGACUGGGAAUAUAGGCCAUAGCAUUUGACAUCAGUGGUGGGUAAGUUGUUGGAAGGGAUUCUGAGACAAGAUUUACAUGCAUUUGGAGAGGCAAGGGCGGAUUAGGGACAGUCAGCAUGGCUUUCUUAAUGGGAAAUAGUUUCUCACAAAUUUGAUUGAGUUUUUCAAGGACAUAACCAAAAAGAUUGAGGACAGAGCAGUAGACAUGGAUUUUAGUAAAGCCUUUGACAAAGUUCUACAUGGUAGACUAAUUAGUGAAGUUAAAUCACACAGGAUUCAUGGAGAGCUUGCCAAUGGAUACAAAACUGGUUUGAUGGUAGGAGACAGAGGGUGGUGCUGGAAGGUUGCUUUUCAGACUGGAGUCCUGUGACCAGCGGUGUUCCACAGGAAUCGGUCCUGGGUCCACUUUUGUUUGUAAUUUAUAUAGAUGAUUUAGAUGAGAAUUUAGGAGGCAUGGUUAGUAAGUUUGCGGACAACACCAACAUUGGUGGUAUUGUCAACAGUGAAGAAGGUUAGCAUUGCUGCCUCACAGCGCCAGGGACCCAGGUUCAACCCUCGGGCGACUGUCUGUGUGGAGUAUGCACAUUCUCCCCGUGUCUGCGUGGGUUUCCUCCCACAGUCUAAAGAUGUGCGGGUUAGAUGGAUUGGCCAUGCCAAAUUGGCCGUAUGUUCAGGACGUGUAGCUUAGGUGGGUUAUAGCAGGAUGGGUCUGGGUCGGAUGCUCCAAGUGUCGGUGUGGAUUUGUUGGGCCGAAGGGCCUGUUUGCACACUGUACGGAUUCUAUGAUCUAUGAUUACAAAGGGAUCUUGAUCAAUUGGCUAAUGGGCUGAGAAAUGGUAGAUGGAGUUUAAUUUGGAAAAGUGCGAGGUAUUGCAUUUUGGAAAAACAAACAAGGGCAGAACUUAUAUAGUUACUGGUGAGGCCCUGGGUACUGUUGUUAAAUAGCAAGACCUAGGGGUUCAGGCACGAGGUUCUUUGAAAGUUGCAUCACAGAUAGACAGGGUGGUUAAGAAGGCUUUUAGCUCACUUGCCUUCAUUACUCAGACCACUGAAUAUAAGAGUUGGGAUGUGUUUUUGAGGUUCUACAGGACAUUGUUAAGGCCACUUUGAGUACUGUGUUCUGGUUGCCCUACUAGAGGGAGGAUAUUAUUAAAUUGGAGAGGGUUCAGAAAAAAUUUACCAGGAUGUUGCUGGGACUGGAGGGUUUGAGUUACAAGAAGAGGCUGAGACUUUUUUCACUGGAGCAUAGAACGCUGAAGGGUGACUUCAUAGAUGUUUAUUAAAUCAUGAGGGGCCUAUAGAAGGUGAACGGCAGGGGUCUUUUCUCUCGGAUGGGUGAGUUCAAAACUAGGGGGUAUAUUUUGAAGGUGAGAAGAGAAAGAUUUAAAAGGGACCAGAGGGACAACUUUCUCACAGAGGGUGAUUCAUGUAUGGAAUGAACUGCCAGAGGGAGUGGUAGUCAACAUUUAAAAGACAUCUGGAUAGGCCAAACGCAGGCAAGUGGGACUAAUUUAAUUUGGGAAACUUGAUCGGCAUGGACAAGUUGGAUGGGAGGAUCUCUUUCCAUGCUGUAUGACUCUAUGAACCUGUUGCCAAGUAGUGCAUUAAUAAUAGCGUAGUUGUGAACUUAAUGUUACAUUUCCACAAAAUUUGACCAAAUAUUACAACUUUAAAGCAGACUGACUGCAAAACUGGGAUACUGUAAAUCAGUAAAAUUUUGCCCACAUUUUGUUUUUCUAUUUCCAAAAAUAAACUUUAAAUAGCUUUGGAUGCUGGAAUUCUGAAAAAGAAUAUGUUUGAAGCAUGCAGCAGGCCAAUCAUCAGCUGAAGAGAAGACAUACGAGUUCAGCUGUCAAGUGUUGAAUCCUUCAUAGGAACCUAGUUAAUUCAUGCGCAGCUGGCUCAGUUUUCAGUAGCUGAAUGUUACAGCACAAGUUAUCUAAUUGUAUUUAAAGACCAAGAUUAUUUUUAACAGCAGCAAGUAUACAGGGAUUUGAAGCAAUUGGAGAGAAGAUGAGUCACCAGGGAUCUUGUGGCAUAUUGGAAAUACCUAACUCUGGGCCAAGGCACCUGAACUGAAGUCCCCAUCUUCUCCAGAGAUGUACAGUAACUUUUCUGAACAAGCUGCAAUAGGAACAAGAGGAAAUAGCUAGUGUUCCAAUUUAGAGGCAUCCAGCAGCAAUAUCCCUACCCUCUGGGUUAGAGGGCUUGGGUUCAAGUCCCAUCUGUUCCAGAGAAGCAUAUUAACAUUUUAAAUCAACUGUUCAGUGAAAGUAUAUGGAUAGAUCAUUCAUGACCUGAUGAAAUGGCAGGAUAGGCUUUAUAGAUGAAUGCCGUACUGCGGUUCCCACAUUCAACCAAAAAAAGGGGAGAAAUAAGAUUUCAGUGUGUGUAAAGAGAGGGUGAUAUUGAAUUGAAUGAAUGAUGGUGCCAGUACUGAUGUCCUUUUGGGUUUUGUAUUCUUACAGGGUACAGCACAGGGCACUGAAUGACCAGCCACAGGUUUAGGGCCAUGGAGUGUUCCUGGAAAGCGGUGCUGCUGCUGGUCGUAGCCUCGCUGACCAUACAGUACACGGCCAUCCGAAAGUUCAUCGCUAAGCCGUUCACCAUCUGCCGCGUCCCCAAGCAUACGGGCUGCCGCCCAGGUCCGGGUGCGUCCUGUGAGCCCCAGCGCCGGGCAGUCAGCCACAUCCUGAUCCUGGCCACCACCCGGAGCGGCUCGUCUUUCAUCGGGCAGCUGCUGAACCAGCACUCGGACAUCUUCUACCUGUUUGAGCCGCUCUACCAUGUGCAGACCACGCUGGGAGCCGGCUCCAGGGGCAGGCCGUCGUCCUCGACCUCGGCCGCGGGCAGGCGCUUGCUUCUCGGCGCCUACCGCGACCUGCUGCGGGGACUCUUCGAGUGCCGGCUCCACGAGUUGGAGGCUUACAUCAAACCGGCUCCGGAGCAACAUCGGACCCAGCGGCUCUUCCGCCGAGGGGCCAGCAAAGCGCUGUGCUCGCCGCCUGUCUGUGCCCCGGCCACCUCGACUCCGAGGCCUCCGGCCGGGCCGGGAAUGCAGACCUCGGACAGAGAGGGCGACAGCAACGACGGGGAAGGCGCUCCAUCCGAGCGCUGGGAGGAAGGCGAGUGCGUGCGGCGGUGCGGUGCCCUAAACCUGACCGAGGCUUCCCGGGCCUGCAUUCUGAGGCCUCACGUCGCCAUCAAGACGGUGCGGAUCCCCGCCAUCGGCGACCUCAAGGCGCUGGUCGAAGACCCUCGCCUCAACCUCAAGGUGAUCCAGUUGGUGCGCGACCCCCGCGGCAUCCUGUCGUCCCGCAUCGACACCUUCCCGGACAGUUUCCGCGCCUGGAAAAUCUGGCGCAACAGCGGGCGCAGGCCUUUCAACCUGGACGCAUCGCAUCUGAACGCCACCUGCCAGGAUUUCCUGCAGUCGGUGGGGACCGGCCUAGCUCGGCCCGACUGGCUCAAAGGCCGUUAUAUGUUGGUCCGUUACGAGGACCUGGCCCGCGAGCCCGAGCGGAAGACGCGCGAGAUGUACCGCUUUCUGGGCGUCGCCAUGGAUACCAACGUGCGGCGCUGGAUCGUCCGCAACACCCGCGGGCCCGGAGCGUCGGGCAACCACAAGUUCGCCACGGUGCGGGACUCGGCGGCCACGGCCGAGGGCUGGAGGUUCAAACUGAGCUACGACAUGGUGGAGCUGGUGCAAAACUUGUGUAACCUGACCCUGGCCCAGCUCGGUUACAGAAUAGUCAACUCGCCCGAGGAGCUGAGAAACACGUCCGUCAGCCUCGCUGAGGACAGGACCUUUCUGCCUUUUUUGUAAUUGUAAAUAGUUCGUGCCAAGAAUGGAUCAAUGUUUGGGAUGAGGAGUUGUCAAAUCUUCAAGGAAAAGUUGACUCCUCUCUGAAAUUAAAAGCAAAAUUAUGGGAA